UAAUGGCGGACACUUGACUCCGUUUACUUCUUGUUCUUCAGCCUGAAGUUCAAGAGACAAACUCCUGAGCGCCGAGUCUUUCGAGGAUAAUGUUUGGGCGGCGGACAGCACGGAAAGAGGAUAUGAAAGACUGUUUCAAAUUUGAUUCGGGUUUUAGAGAGACGCUCGUCAAAAGUCGUCGAUUUGUAUCCCUCUGAAUAAAGCGAGGAGGAACCGAGCGACGGCCAACUUCUUGCCGGAGCGCCGCCGUUGGUGGAGCGGGCAUACGGAGAGGGAGGUCCGGGCUCAAAUAACCGUCAAGAAAAUUUAGCUUUUUCUAAACUGGACUAGCUAUUUAUUCAGGCACAAUGCUGAAGCUCUGCCUCCAGAGAGCUCUCCGGCCGGCUGUACACAAGUUACCCCCGGCGGCGGUGGGAGCCGCGCCGAGGCUGCCGGGGACGGGGCGACACACGCCGCGCUGCUGCAUGGGGACACACGGGAGGAACGAGCCGAGGGAGCCGCUAAACUCCCCGAAGAGGGCUAAAGAGUUCAUCUACCGGCUGCAGCCCAAGGAGAGGACGUGUUUACUGGUCGAGCUGCAGAGUUUCGAAUCCAUUGCCAUCGCUCAAGAGACACUGGAGCCCUCGCCACCCACUGCAGCCCAGAUCAGAUAUGUUCUAUUCCACAACGCCAUCCCCUUCGUUGGAUUUGGUUUUCUGGAUAAUGCCAUCAUGAUUGCAGCAGGGACUCAGAUUGAACUUUCCAUCGGAGUCACUCUGGGGAUCUCCACCAUGGCUGCUGCAGCUCUGGGGAACCUGGUUUCAGACUUGGCAGGUCUCGGUCUCGCAGGUUAUGUGGAGGCUCUGGCUACCAGACUGGGGAUGCAGGUUCCAGAUCUGACUCCCAAACAGGCGGAUAUGUGGCAGACCAGGCUCAGCUCUCACAUGGGUAAAGCCAUCGGUGUGUCCAUCGGCUGCAUUCUGGGGAUGUUCCCGCUGCUUUUCCUGAGCGACGACGACGACAAAGAGAAAGAAGCACAACCUAGCAGUGACACAGCGUCACAGUCCUCCUAAUAAGUCACUACAUCUGCACCAUCACAUCUCAAAGUGGAUUCUGCUGAUUUUUUUAAAUAAGUAUUUACAGUCGGGCGUUUCUCUGUCAUCCUGGCUCAGGCAGCGUUUACCGCUUGUGUUUCUAUAAAACCUUCAGAGGCAGUUUGUGGAGAUUUAAUUGGCCACUAGUGAUGUCUAGUUCCAAAACCUUGAGCUCUUUUUUUAGCUUCCUUUCGAAGCAGCAGGCGAUGGUAUCUUUAUAUCUGCUUCAUCAAGACACACCGUCUGUUGUUUCAGUGUCAGGCACCAAGGGGAAGUCUUAUUCUAAUUUAAAUUCAAGGUAAUGAAAGAUGAGCUAUGGAGGGAUUUAAUUAAUGCUGCUUCUGCCAUUGAUUCUUCAUAUCAGUCGUGCUUUUUAUUGAUCCCUUCAUCUGUCCCCUAGUGAGAGGUUGUUGGUAUUUAAAAGAAAACUAUGACAUUUUACAAUCCCUAGAUUCUCCUCAGUUGAAAACAUGAUCUUCAGGUGACAUGUUUCCCAUUUAGAUGUUCUUGUUUAAUAUUUUGGUGUAGUGUAACGGCAGCACAUGCAGAAAACUGUCAUCCAGUCAGUAAACUUAUUAAGUGCUGUCAGUUAUACAGAAAUCUUUAUUAUUGCAUAUUUAUAAGAAGCAAGUUGUCUUAAUUAUCUUGACAUUUUUACAACACUGGUAUGAAUUUGCUGAGUUUAGUUCAGCAGCCAAAUUGCCCUGAUAAUUCCUGCACAAUUUGCUCUAAAUGUGUAAAUAUCCAAAAACAUCUACCUUAAAGAGCCCAUAUUUAGUGGUUGGAGUUUUUCUCUUUUCUUUAGUGUGUUGCAGUUCUUUUGUGCAUGUUAAAGCUCUGCAAACUUGCAAAGCCCAAGGUUCAACUCAAAACUCAGAAAACAGUGCUCCUUACCUACAUGAAACACUUCAAUUAAAGUCCAGUCUUUUCUUCUGUGACUUAUCUACAACACUAUGUAACAUAUUUGCAUAACACGUGACUAGCAGCUAGUUUAACCUCAGAAAGAAAAGAGUUAUUUCUUCAGUAGAGCUGCCUCUUCUACAGCUACAUCCCAGCUACAUAUUAAGACAUCUACAGUUAUUAACCAACGUUACUUUACUUUAAUCAGGCCAAAUGACCAAUCAGAGCAGACUGGGCUUUUCAUAGUAGGGCUUUAAAGAGAUCGAAGUUAAAACGAAGACAGACGAGGAGAAGAGGUGCAACAGCAAAGUACAGAAUGAGAAAAUGUUGAGAAUGUUUGAACAUUCAAGAAUGAAAGCAUAUACGUCACCCCUGUAGCUCAGCAGGUUGAUCAGGUGACCUAUAAACAGGGGCUAUAGUCCCUGAAGCAGCGGUCAGGGGUUCGAAUCCAGUUUAAGGCCCUUUGCUGGAGGUCCUUCCCCGACUCUUCUCCCCACUUUCCUGUCUCUCUCUCACUGCUGUCUGUCCAUAAAGCCAGAAACAGGCUGAAAACAUAACUUAAAAAAAAAUGAAAGCAUAUUCUAGUACAACCCAGAAAUGCAAUUAUAAACUGGUAAAUGGGCUCUUUAAAUUUAUCAGCUAACAUUCAUCACCACAAGCAUUUGGUCGUAGGAGACCAAUUACUGAGUAUUUUAUGAGUGUAUUAAACUGACAGCUGAUGAGGUCUUUUGAUCUGCAACAGGAAGUAAUGAAACUAAUAUUAUUCUAUUUGUUUGACUUCGAAUAACACAACAUACAUGAUUAGAUAGCAAAUAUUUGAGGUGCACUGACCCAGUUUGUGGGUCUGUACCGACUCAGCGGAUGAGCCAGGUGUGUUUCCUCUGCCAGCUCCAUUGACUCAGUCACAGCAGGAUGCAGUGUGUCGCUAAACCCUUCAGAACCGUAGGGAGACAUGCUGAGCUGCAGAAGACAUCACAGUAAGUGUAGAAAACUCAUUAAUAAAAAGUACAAGAGCCCCUUGAUGGCUGUGCAGCGCAAACUUCAUUCAAUAAUCUGACGAUUUGGCAACAGAUUUCUUUCUUUGGAGCUUCAGAUAUUUAGCAGUCUAUAUUUCUUAGAAAAAAAUGAAGGCAGUGAGUUUCAUGCUGCGAGGUACUAAUUUUAAACUGAUAAAAAUAGAGCACUAAAACUGGCAGAGAUGCUGGAGAGAACCUUACUGUUGAUUUUACCACCUCUCCAUUCAGUCAGUAUUUUAGUUUCAGUAUGUUUCUGUGUAGUUUUCAACCAAAUGUGGAUAAAAAAAGAGUGAAAUGUCGAGCAGUUUGCUCAUCAGUUUGCUUCCCCUUUCUGAGUUUGACACCCAACACAUGACUUGUGAAUUCUGACUGAGCACCAUUUAGGAUGGGAAAUGCUCACCUGUCUCACUGCUGUAGCUGUUAUUCCUCCUCUUUCCAGCUAUCAGCCUGUUUUCCCACAGAGGGGCUCCAGAAAUCCAGUUUCACUGUGAAGAAACCAGUGCUCAUUUUCCAUCCCGACAGCAGAAACGCAAACUGUAAAUACUGACCAACUGUUUUAGCAGUUGGGACACUAAUUUGCGUGUUUUUAUUUUUAUUUUUUUAAACUCACAUUAUUUCUGCAUUUUUUUUCCUUCAAGCAGACACUUUAUACAUUUGAGGACUUUAUCUCCCAGAACACUAUUUAUUCAUGAGUCGAAUAAGUUCCUCUUCAGCUCGAACUGAGCGGCGACAAACUGUAAAGUCACUGCGACUGAGUAUCUUGUGCAUCUUUAAACUUCCAGGAAAACAAAUGUCAUUGAAAACAGGAAGAGAGUCAUCUGCUACCUCGAGGAGUAAUUUAAGUGUUUGCAUGAAGAACUGAUGUAGCUCUAUAAUCGGACUGUCUGUUUCCAUCUGGGAUGAUUUUUAACGUGCAGGAAAGUCCUCAGAUGUUUUGUGUGAGGCGGAUUUAAAAAGGAGGCAUUCUGUGACACUUUGUUUGGAAACUAAAGUCGCUAUUUUUAGUUUGCUGUUAUUUGCCAAGGUGGUCUUGCAUCUUUGUGUUUUUCUCUCCUGCACCGUCUUUUUCUUUUCACUCCUUUCCCUCAGACAUACUCUUGACUGGGAUCCAGCAGUCUGUGUAAUUAGUUUUUUAGCUUCUGUUUCAUCGCUCUUGAAGCUUCUGGAUGGUUGUUUGUCAGCUCUGGAGUUUUCCUGAUUUCUGGGACUUAAAGCUUCCCCUCCCUCCCUCUUUAUUUCUUUCCUUCUUAAUCUUUUUCAGUCUGCUUCUCCGUCUCACACUCCAGCAGUCAGCAGCACACCUGCAAGCUGCUCUGGGAAUCCAGCUGAUGCUUUUCUCCGGUUGUUUUCAAAGCAAUCUGUUUACUGCAGGAUGUACUGAAUUACAUUUACCUCUCGCUGGUCUGUUUUAUUUUCCAAAUUACAGCUGUUUGAUUAUUGGUUGAUCUUUAUUUGUGAGCAACAAGUUUUUAUAUAAAACGUCAGAAAACAUCCACAUAAUAACGUCCCAGAAACUAAAGUUGUUUUGUUGACGAUUUGGGCUGUAAUCAAAGAUCAUCAUGGAGGACUGAAAUCGUAUGUACUCUUAAACGAAAGAAAUCUGCACAUUAUCUCUUUAUGAACUAAAUUGAAACAGUGUACUCUUUGCUCCCAAGUUGCUGGCCUUAUUAGCCUAAAUUAAUUAUAAAUCAACAUGAAAGCUAAUGUUUUUUGUUUAAAUAUGGUUAUUUUAUACUGAAAUCAUAAUAACAGGUUUGGCGCAGACCAGCUAUUUAUAUUUAUGUGGUUUCUGAUAAUAGAAUGAGAUCAACUGGUGAUUGUGUCACAGCAAAUAUUGAGGAAUAUAACACAGACAAUCUAGCUGCUGUUUCUAGAUCAUCUGCCAUGUUGGUUGUUGAGUUGUGACAUGUAAACUGCUUUUUGGCCAUCUGUUUGCACAAAAUGCAUCCACACCGAUAACUUCUUUGAAAUAGUGUCAGUUAUUUUCAUGCUGACUCCAAGUCAAUGUUCAGAAAAUGCUAAAUACGUUAAACAGUCUCCAUUAAGGUGCGCCAGUUUAAAGUUGUGAAACUGUAGGGGUGUUGACAUGUAGUCUGUUCCUCCUGCUACCAAAAGUCAUGAAUUAAUCCCAGGAUACUGUUGUUGUAGCAUUUUUUUCAUUAUGACCAAUGACAAUUUGGUCGCAUGAGAUCAUAUCAAUCAGCUAAUUGAUCAGUUGACCUCGAACCUGCAAACUUAGGCGACAGUAAAACAGAGAAAAGCAGCAAAUUCUCAUAUUUUACAAACUGGAACAAGAGAAUGUUUACCUUUUUUGCAUAAUAAAUAGCAAUUAGUUGAUUACACAAAUUGAGAUGAUUAAUAAUUUGUCUAAUCACUAAGUUUUUGCACCUAAUUGUGUCCACAAUCGGACAAACAGAAGUCAUGCUGAUGCAGACACUCAUCCAUAAAUAGAUAAAUAGAUCCAUAAAUUCCUGUCUAUGUACAACUCACUAUACAGAAAUGUACACUAUAUAGAUUACUGAUGAAUGACAAAACUAAACAUACAGUUGUUUUUUUAAUGGAUUUUCAGCUCAUACAUUUGUCCAAUAGGGAGAGGCCUUAAGUGGAAACCUUUUCCAUGGCUUUACAUCGCAUCACUCCAAGAAUGUUUCUUGCUUUCGUAGCUAAUAGAAGCUACAGUAAUUAGAGACACUCAGCCUGUAGGUACAAGUUUACAGAAAUUAAAUGUCGGGAUGUUAAAGCGUGUUGAACUGCAUGUAUUUGUUGUCUUUUUCAUACUUCUGCGAUUGUAGGAAUAACUUUAAAAAUCACCCCAGAGGUUCCAUAUCAGUGCAUUUCUUCUACAAAGUUAAAUCCUACUGGAUGUGACUCUAUUUCCCACAAUUCUCUCUGUGAGUGUCAGGACUGGUUUUGAUGAGAGCAUGCCCACUUUGUUUCCCACACUGUAAGGAGAAUAGAGUUGUUUCCGGGCUUUGAAAAGCUUGAUCAUUGCCAAAACUUAGUAAUGAAUGUUGUGCCGUGUGUUAGUUUGCUGAUGUUAUUUACCAGAUUAUGAAAUAUUUAUCUGUAGAGCGACGGGGACACUCAGAGCACUAUCCUCAAAUCUAAAGGAAUUAAGGGCUGGUUUAAAAAAAAAAAAAAAAAAAAAAAGUUUAACAAGCGACCAGCUGAGUUGAGGCAGAAAUAUUUGAACACAGUUUUAAUGAGUGUUUGGACGCAGCUGCAGGAUUAACUGUAAAAGCCUCAAGGGAAAUUGGCUUUUUUUAUUUUGUCUGCCUGCCUCAUUAGAAGAGAGAUUUGUUGCGGUGGAUGAGGAGAAGCAAUAUACCAUCUGUGUGAAUCAUGUGGUAAAUCUAUCAAUACCAAGUUAUGUAAUAUUAAAUGCUGUUUAACAACCUCAACUUUUUUGUAUCAUCUCAUAUUUGUGUAUUUUUUCUAAGAGAAUGAAGAUGGACUGUGUUCUCUAUAUAGACAAUGUUUUAUGUCUCGGAGGUGUAAAAAAAAAAAAUGUUUUAAAGCCUAUGAACAAAAGUCUGUCAGUUAAAGGAAUGCCGUGUUGUGCUGCCAUCUAGUGGACAGUCGGACAGCAGCAGAUGUGCACUGAUACAUGUAUGUACUGUAAAACCUGUAAUGUCCAAGGAUGCGGUAUGUCUGUAUUUUGCAUUGUUCUUAUGUGUAUUUAAAAAAAAAGAGAGAGAUAAUAAAUCUGGGAGUGUUUACUUGUGGCUCCCCAGGUGA